AUGGAAAUGCUUAAUAUAUUACAUUAUCUGCUAUUAAAAUAUAACUUACUGUUUCUAACUUUCCUUGACAAUGAAUAUUUACUUAUACAGAAGUAUAAUACCCGAGUGGGUGACAAAGGAGCACAACUUUCUGGAGGUCAGAAACAAAGAAUAGCAAUUGCUCGUGCUCUAGUUCGUAAGCCAGCAGUUCUGCUUCUGGAUGAAGCCACAUCUGCUCUUGACACGGAAAGCGAAAAGAUUGUCCAGAAAGCCUUGGACGAUGCCAGGAAGGGUCGAACCUGCAUUAUUAUUGCUCACCGCUUGACGACCGUCCAAAACGCUGAUGUCAUAGCAGUGAUUCAUAAUGGAAAAGUAGUGGAACAAGGGACUCACAGCCAGCUGCUGGCAAAGGAAGGACAUUACUAUGCACUUGUAAAUGCACAAGUUUUUCAUCAUGUUGGAAAGCAGUACUGCCAUAGCUAUUACUUGCAGAUUCUGUGGAGGAGAAAAUAUGAUGUUAACCUAGAGAAUGCUAGGAAAGUUAGAGUAAAAAAAUCCAUUACCACCUACACAUCUUUGGGUUUCACAGAGUUUAUUUUAUUUGGAGCCUAUGCUCUUGCAUUUUGGUACGGAACCAAACUCACAGUGGAGGAGAAAGAGAAUUAUGACAUUGGACGUGUGCUAAUUGUAUUAUUCUCUGUUGUCUAUGGCACAUUCUCUCUCGGACAGGGCUCCCUACACUUGGAGAGUGUUGCCAGUGCUCGAGGUGCUGCCUAUGAAGUGUACAAGGUCAUCAGUAAGAUGAUCAUCUCAUUAACCAGUAAGGAGUUAACAGCCUAUGCCAAAGCAGGCGCAAUAGCAGAAGAAGUCCUGUCAUCAGUGCGAACUGUUGUAGCCUUUGGAGGACAAGAGAAGGAAAUCAAUAGAUAUACAAAUAAACUAGCAGAAGCAAAAAACCUUGGUAUAAAAAAGGCUAUUGCUUCUAAGCUGUCUCUUGAUUUUUUGUACCUAAUUAUAAAUGGAUGCUACGGCCUUGGCUUUUGGUAUGGAACUACCUUAAUUCUUGAUGAGAAUACUGGCUAUUUAAUUGGAACUGUCCUGGCUGUUUUCUUCUGUGUAACUUUUAGUAGUUAUUGCCUUGGCACUGCAGUACCACACUUUGAAACUUUCUCUAUUGCUAGAGGAGCUGCCUUUAAAGUUUUCAAGAUCAUUGAUCAGAAACCCACUAUAGAUCAUAGUUUUUCUUCAGAUGGACACAUACUCUGUCACAUAAAGGGAACUCUUGAAUUUAUUAAUGUACAAUUCAGUUAUCCUUCAAGACCAGAUGUCCAGGUUUUGAAAGGUCUCACUCUGAAAAUUGACUGUGGACAAACGGUGCCAUUGGUUGGAAGCAGUGGAUGUGUUAAGAGCACAAUGGUCCAGCUGCUUCAGAGGUUUUAUGAUUCACAGGAAGGAGUGAUCACAGUGGAUGGACACGACAUAAAGUCCCUUAUUCUGAGACGUUACCGAGAAUUCAUUGGUGUGGUCAGUCAGGAACCUGUUCUGUUUGGGACAACAAUUAGAAACAAUAUGAGAUAUGGUCGAGAGGAUGUAACUGAUGAAGAAAUUGAGAAUGCAGCAAAAGAAGCAAAUGCUUAUGAUUUUAUCAUGGAGUUUCCUGAUAAAUUCAAUACCCUUGUAGGAGAAAGAGGAGCACAGAUGAGUGGUGGCCAGAAGCAGAGAAUAGCCAUAGCUCAAGCUUUGGUUCGCAACCCUAAAAUUCUCUUGUUAGAUGAGGCCACAUCUGCCCUGGAUACAGAAAGUGAGUCAGUAGUCCAAGCUGCACUGGAAAAGGCCAGCAAAGGUCGAACCACUCUUGUAAUAGCUCAUCGGCUUUCCACCAUUCGGACUGCAAAUGUAAUAGUGGCCAUAGCGGAUGGUGCUGUGGCUGAAGUAGGAACACAUUCAGAGCUUAUGGAGAAAAAGGGGUUAUAUUAUUCACUUGCAACAGCACAGUCUAUUAAAACAGAAGACCAUGAAGAAUCAACAGAAACUAUUACCUUAAAAGAUCACGAAGAAGUGUUCCCCAUCAAUGGGUUGAUUUCCAAAAGAGCAAGCUCAAAACAUGUUCCACAAAAAGAAGCUGCACCUGAAUAGGAACACCUUCCCAAAGUUUCUUUCCUCAAGCUUUUUAGAAUAAACAAGUCCGAGUGGCCUUUCAUUGCACUGGGGACACUAACUGCUGUUAUUAGUGGAGCAUUUCGCCCUAUCUUUUCCAUCAUAUUUGCUAAAAUUAUAACAUGCUGUUUCAGCGUUCCAAAGCCAGGGAAUGGGCACAAUCAUUACUGCAG